CGAGGCAUGUGCAUCGCUAUUGUCUUGGUUCUCGGUCGGCCGUUGCCGUUGGCGCAACGGCAUGGCUGACUGUUUGUAUUGAUCUGCGCUUUGCGUCGACGAGACCCGAGCCUACAGCUUUGCAGCAGCUUGCUUCUCCAGUUACCUACAAACGCCUUCAUCGUUAUCCAAGCCUCCUAGCCACCUAUCCCCAAACUCUGCAGCCGCUGGUACCCUUCACCAUGGGCGUUUCCGAGUCCAUCGAAGCUCUCAAGGCAAUCUCCGCGCGCCUAAUUGUUCUCCCAGGAACUGAAGAGUACAAUGAGGUCAGCGGUACCUAUCUUUCAACCUUCGAGAGCGAUCUUGCGCCUGCUGCUUUUGCUCUGCCAACUAGUAAAGAAGAGGUUGUCGCUGUUGUGAAGGCGCUGAAGCCCUUUGCUAGUAAUGUUUCAGUAGCCAUUUGCGGUGCAGGCCAGCAACCAGCGGCAGGCGUUGCCAAUGUUGCGGGAGGCAUCACAGUCCACCUGCGACGCUUCAAGGGCAUUGAAUUGAGCCCAGAUCGAACAUUCGUCUCCAUAUCUCCUGGUGAGACUUGGGGUGCGGUGUUUAAGAAGCUCGAGCCUGAAGGCCUGGCAGUAAGUGGGAGUCGGGCGGGUACUGGCGGCAUCGGUGGCCUUGCUACCCACGGUGGUAUCUCUUUUUUCUCAUCUGAAAGGGGUUUCAUUACCGACGAUGUCGUCAACUACGAGAUCGCCCUUGCAAGUGGCGAUGUUGUCAAUGCAAACGCGGAGGAGAAUAGUGAUCUAUUCAAGGCGCUGAAAGGCGGAGGCGGCAGUAACUUCGGGAUCAUCACACGUUUCGACUUCGCAACCUUCAAGCAGGGCAAUAUAUGGGGCGGCAAGUUUAUGUACUUCCCUCAGAGCUUUCCACAACAGCUCGAACGCAUCGUAGAAUACCUUAAUGGCCCUAGCCCCGACCCCAAAGCCCAGGUGCGGAUCAACAUUGGCUACGCAGCCGAGCUCGGUGGCAUGAUGUGCAUGAACGAUCCUACGUACACCAAGCCAGAAAAACCAGAAGGGUUUGCCCUAUUCACAGACAUCGAGCCACGUGUGCCCCAAGUUGAUACGCUCCGUAUUACUACAGUAUCAGAGUUGGCGAAUGAGCAAUCUGAACAGUCCGAGUACAAGAAGAGGGUCAUCUAUCUAACUACGACACUGAAAGCAAACGCUGAUGCGCUGAAGAUGACCUUAGACAAGUUCAACAAGGGUUUUGAGCCCGUCAAGUCAGUUUCCGGACUAAUAUACGCUGCCACCUACGAACCCUUUCCAGUCUCAUUACUCGAAGCCAGCGCGGGUAAUUCGCUGGGCCUCGAUGCCAAGAAUGGCCCUCUCGUCCUCUUCCUGCUCUAUACUUCGUGGAGCAACAGUGAGGAUGAUGACCUCGUAAUCAAGGCCAACAAGGAGGUUCUCGAUGAUAUCAAGAAGGAGGCGGAGGCGAUGGGACAGCUGUCACCAUACACGUACAUGAACUAUGCGUUUCCGGACCAGGAUCCCAUCAGUUCGUACGGUUCUGAGAUUAAGAAGCAAUUGCAGGCGGUCAGUCAGAAGUAUGACCCCGAAGGCUUCUUCCAAAAGACCGCCAGUGGAGGCUUCAAGCUGUUUUAAUUGGCCAUGGAAUCACAUUCACGCUGCAGCCUAUAGAGUCUAGAAACUUCAUUCAUGGGGGGCAAAAAAGCGCCCAGCUCCAAGGUACGCUGUCUCACAUUUCAAAUCUGGGAUUUUGCUGGCCACCAUCAGAGACAGAAUCAACACAUUGGCUUACCUCAC